CAUUCCCCAGCCGCUCCACCCCAGAGGUGGUCGGGGGAGCUGUCCCGCCACAGCCACCCGUGAGUUAACAGUAGAUGGUUGGCAGGGGGAAACAGGGUGAUCCCGCUGCUGGACUGUACUUGUCUCAGGAGCUGCGAUCCCUCACCCGCAGGGAACAGCUCUUGGCCCCAGGCCCAGGGCAUCAGGCAAACGCACUAAAGGGCUGUUUGUACACAGACGGGGUUGGCCCACUUUGUGUAGACGCUGUUAUCUAGUGGUUAGAGCAGGGGGCUGGGAGCCAGGACUCCUGGGUUCUCUCCCUGGCGCUGGGAUGGCUGGUCGGUCGCAUGGCGCUGGGGCUGAGCCGGCAGCCGGGGGUUGAAGCACCUCCAGGAGUUCAGGAAAUAACCGGGAUUCCAGAGCCCAGCUGGGAUUUCAUUCAAAGGCCCCGAUCCAGGCAGCUCCCGCUUCCCUUUAACUGCAAGAGAAACGGCUCCUCUUGUUAGCACCAGCCCCUCUGCUGAGUCACAGGGCUCCUGGGUUCUCUCCCCAGCUGUGGGAGGGGAGUGGGGGCUAGUGGUUAGAGCAGAGGGGGCUGGGAGCCAGGACUCCUGGGUUCUCUCCCCAGCUCCCGCUCACUCCAAUCCCCUCCCCUCCGUAUAACAGGCCAGGCGGGUGAGCCAGCAAUGCUCCGGCAGCUGGCGACUCGGGGCCGGGAAGCCUUUGACGGGGCCCGCCAGGCCCGAGCCAUGGCGAAGACAAGUCUGGCAUGUCUGUAAUCAAUGGGCGUUCCCCGCCGCGUGUGGUUCCUUUCCAGCGCCUGGCUCUGCGCCUUUAAAUCCUCCCCCCAUUGUUCCCAUCUGCUGUGGUUUGAAGCAUAUUAUCCCAGAGCAGGAGGAAUUUCCCCCCCCUACCAUGUGCAAGCAGGGAAAGAAGCCGUGGGCUGGAUUUAGCAGCAGAUUUCAGAGGUUUCCCCCCCUCUCCUUGGGAGAAAAAUCCCUGGCCUCCCAGAGGUGGAUUUCCCUGCUUAAAAUAGCCAGCCAGCCUGAUUUCGAAGAAAGGCAGUGAACAUCCAAGUUGGCUCUUUUGUUUGGCAGUAACCCCUCGGGAACGCCGGCUCUGCUCCACAAGGACUCGAAGCUGGCGCUGGCUUGGAGCUUACGCAGCUAGAAACACGAGCUGACAUCUGGUUUGAAACCAGCAAAUUGGAAUUUACAACUGGUCUGGAACUUAGGAAACGAGGAAUCGGAGUUUACAACGGGUUUGAACCCAAGAAAUCCCAGUUGACAAGUGGUCUGAACCCGAGCCGUCCGCGGUUGCCACUAGUUUGUAAUUGGCGAAGCGAGACUUGGGAGUUUACAGCCCGGCAGAAGGGCCUCACAAGGCAAGAAAUCACAACUGGUUUGAAACGUAGGACACCAGAAAUCGGCGUUCGCAGCUGGCUGGAAGCGCUCAAAGCUGAAAACGGGAGUUUACAACUGAUUUUAAAUGUCCGAAGCCAGAAUUGGGAGUUGCCAGCCGGUUUGGAUCUUCCUUCCAAGCAGCGGGAAAUAAAUCCGAACCUGACUACAAAAAGCCGUGAAGCUGGGCUCCCAAUGAGCGAACCCUCCCUGGAGGAGAUGGGUGGGUACAACUGAUGUGAAACCUCGAAGGAGCAGAGCUGGGACCUCGCGGCUGAGGGAGAAUUUCCGAGCCAGGAAUCGGCAGCCCCACGCGCUGUGGCGGGGGAGAAGAACUCGCUCCCCGGGGCAAUGAGCGAGACCCUCGUGGGGAGUUGGGGGAUUGACUAAAGACGACUCGGACAUUGCAUCUGGCUGGGGACGGUUUCCAGCACGGCCCACGCGAAAGCAGCGCUUGGCAACCGAGGAAAACCUCCCGGGAGCGAAGAGGUCGGGGUUUGGCAAGGCCAGAGCUGGGGAAGUGGCUGCCUUUUGCCACGGCUGCAGAGCGGACCCCUUGCCCGGAGGAACCCCUGGACUUUUUUGCCGAGGGCCGUCCGAGGCCUUGCUGCGUGGCCGAGCCUGCGUGGAUGGAAAUCCCACGUGGGCUGGGUGUUUUCCCCCUGUCCUCGCUCCGGGUUCGUGGGCGGAGAAGGGGGUAGCGGAUUUUGCAGCAAGCCAGCGGCGCGUGGGGCCCAAGUGAGCCAGCCCCCCCCCCAUCCCAGCCUUGGAGAAAACAGACCCCCUCCCUUCCCCAUGCCUCCAGCCCCACGCUGACGGGGGAGCAGGCGCCCGCGCCCCCCCGGCGAAGGAGACCCACCCUCUGCUCUCUUGCCAGCCUUCGGGUUGGGAUCGGACACCCCUGGCUGAGGAUGUGGCCCGAGAUCCCCGGGGCUCGGGGGGGCCUGGGACCGGAGCUGGGGGGGGAUUGAGCCCCGGAGGGAGGGGUGCAGACAUGCAGAGGGCCAGUAUGGUCGGGAUCCCCAGCCUGGACCGAGCCGGAUCCUUCUCCCAGCAGUGCAAGGCCAUGCGGUUCUCCUAUCACCUGGAGAGCGGGGCUGGCGGGCACCGAGCCGGCCCCCCGGGCCAGGGCUCCCGGCUGCUGGUGAAGAGUCUGUCCCUGGAACCGCGAAGCGAACCCUGGCGUCCGGAGAGCGCCCAGCGCCUCCGCUCAGACCCCGGGCCCCACAGCGACGGGGGGGAGCCCCACCCCGCCCUGCCCAGGAGGGCCCUGGGCCCCAAACCACAGGUCCCUCCCAAACCAGGUCAUCUCCAGAGCACCCAUCCCCCGUGGCCCCCGGCCCCCAUCCCCCCGCCCCCCUCACGCCCCCUCCCAGCCAACCCCCGCCUGGGCCCCCGGAGCCCCCCGACGCUGCACCCCGAGGCUCAGGAUGGAGCUGUCUCCACAGACGUCUUGACCCUCAUCGAGAAGUUUGAGAGGGACCCUGUAAUCCUGACCCUGGAGCAGCCGUCCCCCACCCCCAGCUCGGACCCCCCGAGCCCUGGGGAGGCCGAUGUAACCCCCAAGUCGCUGGCUCUCCUGGGUCUGCCGGCGGGGGAGGACUCAGGGCCAGCCGGGCAGGGGGACCAGGCCCCCUGCCUGCCCCCCCCGGCCCCCAGCGGGAAACUGGCCAACCGGGACAGUGGCUUCGACAGCAUCAGCUCCCCGUCCCCCAGCGAGGAGCUGGGCUUUGGGGGGGACGAGGGGCCCGUGGGGGAGGGCGACGGGGGGGGCAGCCCGGGGUCCCCCCCCUGCCCAGACUCCGAGGUGGACAGCGACCUGGACGAGGGGAGUGGGGACGACGGGGGGCCGGCGCCAGGCACGGUGCCCCCCCAGGCCGAGAGACCGAACGCGCCGGAGCUCACAGCCCCCCAAAAAACCUUCCACAUCGCCAAUGAGCUGCUGCAGACAGAGAAGGCUUACGUCGCCCGGCUGCACCUGCUGGAUCAGGUGUUCUGUGCCCGUCUCCUGGAGGAAGCCCGCAGCAGAAGCUCUUUCCCCGGCGACGUGGUGAUGGGGAUUUUCUCCAACAUUUGUUCCAUCUACUGUUUCCAUCAGCAGUUCCUGCUGCCGGAGCUGGAGAAGCGCAUGCAGGAAUGGGACAGGUACCCCCGCAUAGGGGACAUACUGCAGAAGCUGGCUCCAUUUCUCAAGAUGUACGGGGAGUACGUCAAGAACUUUGACCGGGCCAUGGAGCUCGUCAACACCUGGAUGGAGCGAUCCGCCCACUUCAAGCUGAUCGUCCACCAGAUCCAGAUGGAGGAGGCCUGCGGGAAUCUCACCCUGCAGCAGCACAUGCUGGAGCCCGUCCAGAGGAUCCCCCGGUACCAGCUGCUGCUGAAGGGUUACCUGCAGCGCCUGCCCCCCGGCGCCCCCGACAGCCGGGAUGCAGAGAAGUCCCUGCAGCUGAUCGCGACGGCAGCCGAGCAUUCGAAUGCCGCCAUCCGCAAAAUGGAACGGAUGCAUUCCUUGCUGAAGGUGUACGAGCUGCUGGGCGGGGAGGAGGACAUCGUUAGCCCCACUAACGAGCUCAUUAAGGAAGGCCACAUCCUCAAGCUGUCGGCCAAGAACGGGACCACACAGGACCGGUACCUGAUCCUGUUCAACGACCGGCUGCUCUGCUGCGUCCCCAAACUGCGCCUCCUCGGCCAGAAAUUCGGGGUCCGGGCCCGGAUCGACGUGGAGGGGAUGGAGGUGAAGGAGUCGAGUGGCGUCAACCUGCCCCGGACCUUCCUGGUGUCAGGGAAGCAGCGUUCGCUGGAGCUGCAGGCGAGGACGGAGGAAGAGAAACGCGACUGGAUCCAGGCGAUUCGGGCCACGAUCCUGAAGCUGGAGCAGAUUCCGGUGGGAGCUGCCCCCCGGGAAGAGGAGGAGCCCUGGGCUGGAUCGCUGGGCCGGGAGCUGGGCCGCCGGGAGCUGGGCCGCCGGGCGCCGACGCCGAUCCGGGAGAACGAGGUGACGCUCUGCAUGCAGUGCCAGGAGCCCUUCGCCGCCCUCACCAAACGCCGACACCACUGCCGGGCCUGCGGCCGCGUGGUCUGCGGGAAAUGCUCCGAGUUCCGGGCCCGGCUGCUUUACGACAACAACCGGCCCAACCGGGUCUGUGGGGGCUGCUUUGCCGCGCUGCACGGCCCCCCCGGGCCCCCCGGCCCCCCCCCGCGUCGCCGCUCCAUCCUCGAGCAGGCGUCGGAGGCGGCCGAGCGCAGCGUUGUCUGCAGCUCCCUGCACUACAUGGAGCCGGGCGCCAAGGCCUGGCACAAAGGCUGGUUCGUCGUUCCGGAGAGCGAGCCCCUGGUGCUGUACGUCUAUGGGGCCCCCCAGGACGUGAAGGCCCAGCGCAGCCUCCCGCUGAUCGGCUUCGAGGUGACGGCCCCGGACGCGGGGGUGCGGCUCGAGCGGCGUCACUCGUUCGCCAUCCGCCAGAGCCAGCUUUGCUGGCAGUUCAGUGCGGAGUCGGAGGGGCUGCAGCGGCGCUGGAUGGAAGCCCUGAGCCGGGCCGGGCGGGGGGAGCCGGCAGCCCCCCCCGGGCCCGUCCCCGAGGCCGAGGGGCUGGACUGGACCCGACCCCCCCCAGCAAACGAUACUUGAACUGUCCUCAGGCACUUUGAACUCACCUCCCUGCACAAGGGCAGGCCUAGCUGUUAACCCCCCCCUUUGUUCAGCUGCCAGCUGCCCCCCCGCGGGAUCGACAGGCCGGCUCACGCGGCGCUCGCCAGGGACAGACGCUCGCUUCGCAGACCGCCGUUUUAUUGUUGCCGACGUGCAGUGGCUGGCCACUAGGGGGCAGCCUCCCAUCCACGGGGGCACCCCAACUCUCUCCCUCCCGCCAGGAGAUGGGGGGGCACCCGGAUUUUCUAGAGUUCGUGGGAGCCGGGCAUUGUUGUUAAAGCUCCAUCAGCCGAUUUCUUAAUAAAGGUUUUGUUUUGUU